CCCAUAAAUUCAAGUUAAGUUGAUAUUUAUAUAGAAAACAAAUGACAAAAAUGUCAUUAUUUUGUAUUACAGUGUGUGGCGUUGCAAGGAAGGAUUUAUUUUGAAAUGCGUUUCCGGAUAUUAUUUAGCUAACAGUUAGCUCGACAACGUCUCAGCGUUUGUUUAUUUUGAGGAAGUCAAGUGAUGUUGCUCCGAAAAAUAGACUGAAAAGAAAAGUUAUUCAACGAUAUUGUCUGGAGGACAAGUGCAUGUCAGCCCUGUAACAGGAUGCUACUAAAAAUACUGCUGGGCAUCCUGUGUGGCGUCAGAGCCUCGGCCACAGAAAAUAACACGGCUCAGCACGGUCCUCCGCCAUUGCUGUUGGUGUCGUUCGACGGUUUCCGAGCGGAUUACCUGCAGAGGUUCCCCAUGCCAAACUUGAAGCUCCUGUACAGCCAGGGAGUCCUGGUGGAGCAGCUCACCAACGUCUUCAUCACCAAGACAUUCACCAACCACUACACCCUGGUGACCGGGCUGUACGCUGAGUCCCACGGUAUCCUGGCCAAUAACAUGUACGACCCUGUGACCCAAAAGCACUUCCACGUCAGUAACCACAGCGACCCGAUGUGGUGGAGCGAGGCUCAGCCCCUCUGGCUCACGGCGUUGGACUCCGGCUACAAGACGGCGACCAUGAUGUGGCCCGGCUCCGACGUGACCAUCGGCAAUCGCACAGCUUCAUACUUCGCUCCCUACGACUAUCGUGUGACGUUCCAACAACGACUAGGGAACGUGACGAACUGGAUUUUGGGAAACGAUAAGGAGCCCGGAGUGAAGUUUGCAGCUCUCUACUGGGAAGAGCCGGACAGGACAGGUCACAUAUUCGGCCCUGACAACGUCACUGCCAUGAGCAAAGCGCUGAAGGAGGUUGAUGACAACAUCGGCCUGUUGAUUUCGGAGCUGAAGCGGACCGGCCUCUGGGGUCACGUCAACAUCCUGAUAACCAGUGACCACGGCAUGGCUCAGUGCUCGGCCGACCGCCUCAUACAGCUGGACUCCUGCCUCCACCCCGACAACUACACACUGGUGGACCUCUCACCUGUCACAUCCCUCAUUCCAAAAAAAGAUCCAGAGGCCGUCUUCAAACUGCUGAAUAACUGCAACGCUCACAUGACUGCAUAUAUGAAAUCGUCCAUCCCUGAUAGGCUGCACUACCGGAACAAUGACCGCAUCCAGCCAAUCAUAGUGGUCGCCGACGAGGGCUGGACCAUAGUGCAGCGAGGGGACAAGCUGCCAAGAUUUGGCGAUCACGGCUAUGACAACUCCCUACCCAGCAUGCACCCCUUCAUGGCAGCGUCGGGGCCCAGCUUCCGCCAGGGUUAUCGGAUCAGCAGUUUAAAAAGCGUUGAUAUUUAUCCGCUCAUGUGCCACCUGCUGUCGGUGCCCCCGCAGCCCAACAACGGCACCUUGAACCGGGCUCGCUGCCUGCUGGCUGCUGAGAGCUGCUGGGAUGUCCCUCUGGUCAUCGGCCUGGUGGUGGGCGUCCUACUGGUGCUCAGUACGAUCACUGUUCUGUUCAGGUUUCUGAGCCUCCGCCGCCCGUCUGGCUCCCGGCCCUUCCAGAGGCUGCAGGUUGACGACGACGAUGACGACGACGAACCCAUGUUGGAGUAAACCACUCCGAGCAGGUCACCCGACCCAAACCUCUGUGACCUGAUGGAGCUCCACAGGUACCUUUACAUGUUGCACUUUACUCACUGAGGCUGCUGCCAUAGCUCGCUCUCUGGCAUGUGUGUGUUGUCCAUGUGCCCGUACACACAGACCGUGUUUUAAAAUAGUUUGGGCCUGCGGACACCUGCUGGUGUAGAAACAGCUGUAGGAAACGAUCAUUGACUCUCCUUAAUGUUAGUGUUUUUUAAAAUCCUGUUACGAUAGACUUGAUCAUGUAACAGGAAGUGUUUUGUUUUGGAAUGUAACUUGUUUUGGUGCGAGGAUGGACAGUGAGAUUAAGUAAUUGUAUUUUGGAAGUUGUAAACAAGAGACUUUUGUUUAAGAGUUUUUAUUUAUGUUUUUCUGAGGGAAUUAGAUUUACAGAAGACUUUAUUUAAUGAAUGUAUUAUAUAUUUGUUUGUAUUUGUAAUGUUCCUUUUGGUCAGCAGAGGGAGCCAGUAUCUCACUUAAGAUGUAAAUUGUAUCUCAUUGUUUGUUUAUUACAAAACUGUCAGACUUUUUCAGGAAAGUAUUUAGUGUUCUUUUUUAUAGAAACAACCUGUUUUUAAGAUUUACAUCUACUGUUUGGCCUAUAAUAUUUCAGAAAAUUGUGAAAUAUGUCCAUCCCACUCUAAGUUGUCUUAAAACGUCUUGUUUUGUAAGUCCAAAACCAAAAUAUAUUAAGUUUAAUUUCCAUAUUUGACACUGAAAACAGCUGUUUCUGACAUUUUUGCAUGAAAAAUGACAUAUGACUUAUGAAUGACUAACGAAUCGAUAAUUAAAAUAAUUUUUCUGUUGAUGAACUCAUCGAUUAUUGGACUUAUAGUUGCAGUUCUAUUAUCUAGUGAUAUGUAUAAAGUGUUCAUGCAUCUAUUCAUGUGUGUGCAUGUAAGUAUGCUGCAACAAGUGGAACAGGAAUAAUUAAAACAUAUUUUUGUGUGUUUGCGAUAUUUAAAUGCUUCAUGUAAGCUGCAUCUUUGCACUCUGUUCGUGUUUGAUGCAUAAAGUUACUGUUUUUAGUUAAGAAGUGUAAUAAAUGGCACUAUGCAAAUCUUGCCCGGCCUGUAGAAAGAUUCCUGUGGCUUAAUGAGAUUUUCAAAAUAAAAGAAGUUGAUUGAAAUCCUGA